AUGAUGGGUAUGUUUCAUAGGUACAUAAAUUCUCAAAUAAAAAUGAUGGGUAUGUCUCAUAAGUACAUAAAUUCUCUGAAAAACCCUUCAUUUUCACUGUGCGCCUACCAUUAUCGUCGCAUCUUCAGAAACAAAGUUCUCGCACAAGUUGAAACCACACUUCAGGCAACAAGGUUUUCACCCUCUCAUUACUCUGCUCAUUGCAAAAGGCCAUCAUUAUCUGUUAAUAAUACUUCUAUUCUGCACUUCAUUCAAUAUUCCUCGUUCUUGAACUAUUAUAUUGCUUGUUAUAUCCCUAAUCGUUAUUAUUGUUCAGAAACUGUUUCCAUGAAUCAAGAUUAUAGUUGUUGUGAGAGUGAUGUUGAUAAGAUGUAUAGCUCAAUGAUGGAGGGUAAUGGGUUAGAAAGUGAUGUUGAUAAGAUGUAUAGCACUAUAAUGGAUAAUUUAAUUGGAUUUAACAAUUUGGAGGAGGCUCUUGGCCAAUUAGGGAUCCCAUUGUCCACCCCUUUGUUUACUGGGGUACUGCAUAGGCUUAGAUAUGAUGAAAAAAUUGCAUUUAGGUUCUUCACUUGGGCCGGUUAUCAAGAGAAUUAUUCACAUGAGCCUUGUGCUUAUAAUGAUAUGAUGGACAUCCUAUCUAGUACUAAGUACAAGGUGAAACAGUUUCGGAUAGUUUGCGAUAUGUUGGAAUAUAUGAAGAGGAAUAACAAGAUUACGGUUCCGGUUGAAGUUCUGAUGAUGAUUUUGAGAAAUUACACUGAGAAGUAUCUUACUCAUGUGCAGAAGUUUGCAAAGAAGAGGAGGAUAAGGGUGAAGACACAACCAGAAAUAAAUGCAUUUAACUUGCUAUUGGAUGCUCUGUGCAAGUGUUGUUUGGUUGGGGAUGCUGAAACUCUAUAUAAGAAAAUGAGGAAAACGGUCAAGCCUAAUGCAGAAACGUAUAAUAUAUUGAUUUUUGGGUGGUGUAGGGUUAGAAACCCAACUAGAGGGAUGGAACUAUUGGAGGAAAUGAUUCAACUUGGUCAUAGGCCUGACAAUUUCACAUACAACACUGCCAUUGAUACAUAUUGCAAAGCAGGUAUGAUAACAGAGGCUGUGGAUCUUUUUGAGUUCAUGAGAACAAAAGGUUCAACUAUAUCUUCUCCCACUGCAAAGACUUAUGCAAUUAUAAUUGUGGCUCUUGCCCAAAAUGAUAGAAUGGAGGAGUGUUUUAAACUUAUUGGGCAUAUGAUUUGCAGUGGUUGUCUUCCCGAUGUUACAACAUAUAAGGAAAUAAUUGAGGGAAUGUGUGUGUGUGGAAAGAUAGAUGAAGCUUACAAGUUCUUGGAAGAGAUGGGAAACAAGGGUUACCGACCAGAUAUUGUUACUUAUAAUUGUUUUCUCAAGGUCCUUUGUGACAAUAAGAAGUCUGAGGAAGCCCUUAAACUAUAUAAAAGAAUGAUUGAAUUGAGUUGCAUUCCUAGUGUUCAGACUUACAACAUGCUGAUUUCGAUGUUUUUUAAGAUGGAUGAUCCUGAUGGGGCAUUUGAGACAUGGCAGGAAAUGGACAACAGGGGUUGCAGACCAGACAAUGACACAUACUGUGUGAUGAUCGAGGGGCUAUUUAACUGCAAUAAAAUGGAAGAUGCUUGUUUUCUUUUGGAAGAAGUGAUAAACAAAGGAAUAAAGUUGCCAUAUAAAAAGUUUGACUCCUUUUUGAUGCAACUGUCAGUGAUUGGCGAUCUCCAGACAAUUCAUAGGCUCUCAGAACAUAUGAGGAAAUUCUACAAUCAUGGCAUGGCUAGACGUCAUGCACUAAGCCAGAAGCGUAAGAGCAUGAGUUUAAGAGGGAGAUAA